AAUGGUGGUGGUCCUCAACCGGAAGACGAAUUUAAUUUGGACGAGGUUUUGCGCUUGGGUGGAACCCGAACUGACUUUGUCCUGCUUGCCGGCAUCAACGACGAGAACGAGCUAAUCGAUGGUGGAAAGAAAGGAGCCAUUGAUGACCUGGCACCUGGCGAGUUGGAGACAUUCAUCGCCAAGUUAAGCAUCUGCUCAUACAAAGAACAGAUACAACAGAUUCUCCCAGAUGAGCCUACAGAGGAAGAGAAGGCCGAGUCCAGCCAAAAGGAAAGCAAACGGGCUGAUGCCAAGAAAGUUAAGUCGGAUGAACAGAAACCCAAGCCAGAGCAUAAAGGCAAGGACCUGCCUGGCACAUCUACAGUGGAGACGAAGAAAAAUAAAGAGACAGCAAAAACCAGUGUCCCAGCCACUGCAAAGAAAGCUAAACUAAAUGCCAACGCGUUUGAGUUUCAGCUGAGGCAGCUGCUGCUGAUCAAACCAGGUGGCAAGUGGUUUGACCUGGAGUACACUGCAGAAGGUACCUCUGACCCACAGGAUGAGUCUCUGGUCUCCCAGUACAAAGCCCUGGCUAUUGAGCUAUUUGAGGCUGAGACUGGGCUCUACAAGAGCAAGAAGAACAUGCAGAAGGGGGCCAACUCAGCCUGGAUGAAGAAUGUGGUCUCUGCAGGGACGCUGGCUGACAGGAUGGCAGCCAUGACGGUUCUGAUCCAGAUGGAGACUCUGCUGAACAAGCAUCCCAACAUGAAGGCGGUGGUGUGCAGCGAGUUGGAGCGCCUCAUGUUCAGGCCCAACAUCAACCUGAAGGCCCAGUACUAUGCUGUGUGCUUCCUCAACCAGGUGCUGCUGAGCCACGACGAGGCCGAGUUGGCCAGCAAACUCAUAUCCAUCUACUUCUCCUUCUUCCGAGCAAGCAUCAAGAAGAAGGACGUGGAGUCCAAGAUGCUGAGCGCCCUGCUGUCGGGCGUGAACAGGACCUAUCCCUAUGCCAAGGCCGGGGACGAGAGUGAACAGCUGGACACGCUGUUUAAAGUAGUUCACCUGACCCAGUUCAACACGGCCGUCCAGGCUCUCAUGCUGCUCUUCCAGGUGAUGGAUUCUCAGCAGAUCGUCUCCGACCGCUACUAUGUGGCUCUCUACAGGUGUGGGAAGAGUAUGGAGAAUAUAUAUGACCCAUUACACAGAAACCCCCUGUUCUGUGGGGCUGACCUCACCACCUUAUGGGAGCUUCAAAGGCUCUCCGCACAUUUCCACCCCUCAGUGUCACUGUUUGCCAAAACAAUCUUACAGGGAGAGUUCAACUACACAGGAAACCCUCUCCAGGACUUCACUCUCAGCAAGUUCUUGGAUCGCUUCGUCUUCAGGAAUCCCAAACAACUGAAGGGCAAAAAAAUGCAGCCCAAACAGAAGCUGGCCAUGAACAACAUCCACAAUUUACCUGCGAAUUGUGAGGAGUUCCAGUCCAAUGAAGAGAGUCAGAUUCCUGUGGAUGAGGUCUUCUUCUAUCGGUUCUUCAAGAAACGAGAGGCGGAAAAGGCACUGCGUCGGCCACGAGGUGAUGGCGAUAACGAGAGUGGGGAGGAUGUGGAUGAUGAGUUUGAGAAGCUGCUCGAUACAUAUGAGGGAGACAGUUAUUUCAGACUUGCCAGUUGAUGAAACAGACCUGGACUUUGCAAGCAAUAUCAAGAUGAAAUCUAAGAAGGGGAAGAAGGGUGGAGAGGAUGACUCUGAUUCAGACCUGGAUGGUGAUCUGGAUGAGGAGGAGUCCCUAGGCAGUUUGGAUGAGGAGGACUUUGGAGAUGAACUGGAGGGGCCUUCCUUAAUGGACAGCAUUGGGGAGGAUGAUGAGGAAGGUAUGUCACAAUUUCUCUCCUUCCUCCCGAAGUGUUCACUUCCCUUCACUAUUUUGAAAUGACUGGUUUAAUAAUAUGGCAGAAACUCCCACUAGCCUAUACCUCCACUACAGGUUCACACUUGACUCUAAUUUGUCUUUCAGUUCCAGCACUUGAUGAUAACGCUGGUAAGCAGAUUGACUUAAAUUAACUUCAAAAUUCAUUUGAAAAGGGCAUCCUUAAUUGUGAAUUAUUAAUGUAUAAAAAGGUUGAUUCUUAUCAAAUAUAUUGGCUUCCCUUCAAGAUUCAGAUGAGAUGGAGGUUCCACACACAAGGCCAGGUUCUAAAAAGAAGGCAUCAGAGGAUCUUGACUUCAGUGGUUCUUUAGGUUAAUAGCUGGGCCUCUGUUUGUACUGUUCAACUGCUCCGAAUCUCAUUCAGGAGUGUAGAAUCUUAUCUGACAUGUUCAUUCUUUCAUUGUAGGUUCCAAACCAGGGAAGAAAAUAAAGAAAUGAGGACACAGCCAUGUUUGCCUCUGCUGAACAGUUUGGGACUGUUGGAUGAAAAUGUUGGUUCUAAGUUUGACAACAUCGGCAUGAAUGCUAUAGCCAACAAAGACAAAGCAGGUGUCAGGCAGCUCAAGUGGGAAGCCCAGAGAGACCACUGGGUCCGAGGCAGAGACGUCAAGACCCUACGGAAGAAGAAGGCCAUGUUUAACAAAAAACAGUUUGGCAAGCCCCAGUUUGGCAAACCAAGGGCUGGCAAAAAUACUUUCAAGAAGAAGUAAUACUUUCUGGACCUUAGAUUACUUAUGUUUGUGUUCACACACCUCUAUGCCUUCUUGGACCAAUCUUCAAGGUCUUUCUCUCGAAUCCCAUAAACCCCAGCAUAUUCGUUGGACUUGUAAUAAACUGGAAAGAGAGUGAUAGUGUCUCUCAGCAUUCAACACAUUUAAUCACAUGAUGGUUCAGUGGGCAGCAUGCCCACUGUAGCAAAAUGUUUUGCAACUGUUUCCACUAAUGAAUACACCGGUGUAUUGCCUCAAUCUAACCCUGUUGCCAGUUCCAGGUUGUACUGCCAAUCAUUGGAGAAACGACUAAAUGCCUGUGAAAUUAUGUAUUCUCUGUAUAGCUAUUUUAACUCUGUCUAAGUUUAUACAAGAAAUACAAAAUGAAAACAGUAUACUAGGAGAUGUCUGGUUUGCAGUAAUUGUAACGGGGAAAAAGUGUAAUAAUUGGGGCUGAUUUCAUUGCUAUGCAGUUUGGAAUUGAGGAUCAAUUCCUCCAGGUUGUGUAUGUUGUGAACUGUCUACAGCCCUUACCUUCCAGGACAGAGGGAAGCAUGUUGUUCAUACUGUUCCUGAAAUCUAAAAAAAACAAAAACAUUUUGUUAAAGGUGUACAUAGCCCAAGGUAGAGUCCAUGACGUCCUUUCUAUAUAAAAUGUAAAUAAUA